UUAAUUUAUUAUUUAUCAUAAUUAUUCUCUACGCUAUCAAGUGUGACACACUAUAUAGCUCGAGGGGACCCCCACGACAUUACGUUGUAAUUUUUCUACCUUUUUGUUUUUAUUACGAGAAAGUGAAGAGUAUAUUUAAUUAUUUUUUUUUUCCUUACUUUUACAAGUAUGUACAUACAUUUAAUCCGAUGAUGUUUACACUGUGUGUCGCGGGUGAUACGUGCCACAUCGCAUAACCUCCAAAGUAGUGCGUGACAACAAUUUUUAUCCGUGCUCUUUUGCCCGUACAGAUUUCCUUCGUUUUACAAAGCGAUAACGAUGGCAGGAUGUUACGAUAAGCUGUCCUGGACGGAAGUACGAGACUUACUGAGAACUUGGAGGGAAGAUUCCGAGCGACGAAGUAAAGAUGUAGUGGACUUUUGGGAAACAUUGAUGGGAAAGAUUGAUCGUUUGGGCAAUGAAAAAUAUCUGAUUCUGGAGCAAGUGUGUGUAGCAGCAUUGGAUUGUUACCGAUUGCCAUUAGCUGAAUACUGCAUCAAAAUUUUAAUGCGUGCUUUCCCUGGCAGCUUGCGUGUUCACAAGUACCAUGCCAUGCAUUUGGAAGCGUUAGAAAUGUACGAUGAGGCGAUGGAAGUUUUGGAUUCUAUCAUAAAAAGAGAUGAGACCAAUGCCGCACCGAGAAAACGUCGUGUUGCUAUUUUGAAAGCUCGAGGACGCAUUCCCGAAGCAAUCAAAGAGCUUACAGAGUAUCUGAAAAGAUUUAUGAGCGAUCAAGAAGCUUGGCACGAGCUGUGUGACCUGUAUUUACAAGAACAGGAGUAUUCCAAAGCAGCUUAUUGCAUGGAAGAACUUAUAUUGCAUAACCCACACAGUCAUUUAAUUUACCAAAGAUAUGCGGAAAUAAAAUAUUCUCAGGGCGGAUUUGAUAAUAUGGAACUAGCAAAAGCAUACUUCUGCCAAGCUGCGAAAUUAAAUCCAAAUAAUAUUAGAGCUCUAUAUGGCUUAUUAUUAACAACAAAUAAUAUUGCGACAUCGCCCAAAUGCCCUUCGUCCAAGAAGAAGGAAGCAAUGAAGCUGAGUGAGUGGGCUAGUAAACAAAUUGAGAAACAGUAUGAAAGUAAAGUCUCAAAUGAGGAUGUUAAAAACGUAGAACGUUUACUAGGACAAUUGCAACUCGAAGCUUAGGUAUUAUGUUAUGUAACUAUUCUUAUAUUUAAUUUCUCGUGGGAGGCAUACGUAAGCGAUAUAUGUUUCAAGACAUUGCAAUAACGAUUUCCAAAGAAUCUACCGAACAUGAAAAAAAAAACUUCGGACACGUUUUUUAACUCUGUAGUUUUAACAAAAAUCCGAUCGGGAUACAUUCGAACAGUAUUUUCUGUCUUGUUCUCUUUGUUUUGUAACAUAUGUAUACAUCACGCUCUAGAUUGAUUUUAUCGUAUUCUAGAUAAUUUUACCAAUAUCUAUGUACAAUUGUAUAUGUUCAUAUACAUUAGUUAAUUGAUCUAUUAAUACCCGUUGUUGGGUUUUAUGUGCACCAUACGUAAUUAUCUUCUGAAUAUACAUUCGUACCUUGCUGUAUAAUGUUAAGUAAAUGUUAUAAUCAUUGAUUUUGUGAUCGUGGUCACUCUUGGCUCUAUGUAAUUCGUUUUGUGUUAUCGUUAUUUCACUGUUAUUUAAGUUAAUCUUGUAUAUUAAUGCAAUAAAAAACGGCGUUGGAUGGAUAGGAUA